GCCCAUGAUGCCAUCACAUGUCAUCUAACCCUACUUUUUGGUUUGUUUUUGUUUUGAUAAGACGAUAUUUUAUGGUAAUCGUGUAGAAAGUCGAAACCGACCAUUCAAUAAACCUCUAUUAAACUUGAGCUUGAUAAGACUAAUUUAAUUAGGCAGCCCACUCCCAAUUAUAGGAAUUAACCGUCAUUGGUUUUUUGUAAUUAGAAGUGAGGUGUAUAAAACCAGUGUAGUUUCAAAUUCACGUAGUUAAAAAAAUUUGAGGACGAUGAUUUUAUUCACAGUUCUUGGAGCUGGAAUAUUCAUUUACUGGAGUGUUUGUACUGUUCUUGCAUUUAUGAGUGACUGUGACUUGGAAUUAUUCUUUUGCGAAAAGUUUGGAAAGUCGCCUAGAAGAUUGAAAGGAAAAGUAGUUUUUAUCACUGGAGCAUCUAGUGGUAUUGGUGAAUUCACAGCAUAUGCAUUGGCAAAGUUUGGUGUGAAACUAGCUUUAGCAGCAAGGAGACCUAAUGAGUUAUUGAGAGUUAAAAGGAAAUGUCUAGAGUUAUCCAAAAAUCAACUGAGUGAUCGAGAUGUCCUAGUUGUGCCUAUGGAUGUCACUGAUUUUCAGUCACACAAAAAACAUUUUCAGUAUGCAGUUCAGCAUUUUGGCCAUAUUGACAUACUUUUCAAUAAUGCUGGUAGAUCGCAGAGAGCCCUCUGGGAAAAUAUUGAUCUAGAAGUGGACAAGCAAAUGUUCGACCUGAAUGUGUUUGGUCCUGUAAAUUUGACUAGAAUUGCUUUGGAACAUUUCAACAGAGUAGGAAGUGGUCAUAUUGCUGUAGUCACUAGUCUUGCUGGUGUAAUGGGUGUACCUUACUCUGGUUCAUAUUGUGGCACUAAAUUUUCUGAACAUGGUUACUUCAAUGCGCUGAGAAUUGAAAAACUUCCACAGAAUAUCCAUGUGACUUUGUUGUGUCCAGGGCCGACAUACACCAAUUUUUUGGCUGAAAGCUUCACUGAUAAACCAGGCGAGAAAUAUGGAGUGUCAGUUCAACCAACAGACAAAAGGAUGACAGCAGAGCGUUGUGGGUACCUGAACGCUGUUGCAUUAGCUAAUAAAACCAAAGAAUCUUGGAUAGCUAUCCGGCCUAUCAUACCUCUCACUUAUAUGAUGGUUUAUUUCCCUGUCAUAUCUGGCGUGGUGCUGAAAAUUUUAGGGCCAAACUACCUAUAUAAACUGCGAGACUCGAAAGAUGAGGUAAAUAUUGUAUGAACCUAAAAAUAUCAUUUGCAGGCUAUUGUAUUUUAUGUUAUUUUAUUAUUGGUUUCCGAGUUUUUUAUGUGCCAUUUAUUCGUGAUUUGUAUAGUCAGUAUUCUCUAUCAGCAUUAUUAGUGAUACCAUUAAAACAUCUAACUUGAAAAUUUCAUUGAUUUUAUAAUAUUCAGUGUAAAACGUGUUAUCAAAGUGAUUAGGGGUAUUGAAUUUACUCACUUGUUUAUUUUUCACAUACUUUCUUUUAAAAAUCGCUUUCUUAUGAACAUAGUAAUGUCUUUUAACUCUAGUUCAAAAAUCUUUAUUAGAACUCUUUUCUGUUAAAUUUUUCUUAGUAUGAAAUUGGAUACUGUAAAUUCGUUUGAAGGAUAAAUCCCUAAUACUGUGACAAGAUGUUCACUCUAUGAUGAAUUUUGAAAAUUUAGUUUUUCUUGCUAAAAAGAGAAUUUGAAAUCGUAGAAAAGUGUUUAUAAAAUAAAAAUAAUGCGUACAUAAAUAUUAUCUUUAACUGAAUUAGUUGAUUUACAGUAUAUUAUAAUUUUAUUGUCUAGUGAACGUAUUUCAAUUUUGUUUGCCUUAUAGAUAAUUAUUUUGUGUUGACAUCUGUUUUUCUAUGCAUGGUAGUAUAAUUAAUCUCAGAUCAACGGUAGAAAGGUAACACGUGACGUCAUGAAUCUUCCUUCUUUUGAAGAGCAAUUGAAAAAAUAAUGUUGCACUAAUAAUGUGUUAGCCAUAGCUUAAGGUUGUAAUUACGACUAUAAUGUCACUGUCACCUCUUACCAGAAAAUCAAUUACAUUUACACCAUACACAUAUUAUUAUCAUAGUUUAUAGUGCAGCAUUUUGAGUUUUAUAAACACACAUAUGUUCUAAAUUAUAUCAACUAAGGCUGUUUUUCCAGAUUAACAAAAAAGACUGACUUCUCACUGGUGAAGGGACCAAUCUGUCUAUGCAUGCCUAGUAGUAGUAGCAGUAAUAGAUCUAGCUACUCCUUUUCUUUUUUGUUCACUAAUACUCUAAACUACAACUAACCAUUUAAACACCUUUUAUUCUAGCAUUGAUUAAUGUGUUCUUCCCGUGUAGAUGUUAAUGUCCAGAUAGUUUGCAUAAUAGAAAUGUCUUAUCUUUAAACUUCAGAAGUUAGAGGGUUAACCACUUCUCAGUGUUAGAUGGAAAUAGCAUCUGAUAUAACACCACAUGUUUUUGCCAAUCAUGUUCAUCGGAAGCAAAGCAUAUAGAACACUAAAGAAAGGGGUCAAACUAUACUUUUCUUGCCUAUGAUUCAGGUGACUAGUUGUUUUAGCAGCAAAGCAGUGACCCUUUCUUUGAAGAAACAGUUUUGCUGACUCUCGUUCCCUAAAACAGUUAUGACUCCUGGCAGUUGUAGUAGUAAAACAAUUACAAAUCUGUAAACUUUGGUUCUAGUGGUUGAUGAAAAAAAAGAGAUUUGGACAUCAUUGAGUCCUGGUAAGGACCAAAUUUUUUUGAUCUUGUAUUAUGGUUCAAAUUCCUUGAGGUACAAAAAAAUGUAUUUCGUAUUGCUACAUAUUUCAUGAAUAGAGCAUUUGAUCAUGUAGUAAAAAUUAAGAAAAGCAAACCUAAGCCUCUUGACCCAUAGAGGGAGUCAUAAGAGAUUUAUUAUAAUCGUGAUCGAUUCAUGAACACAUGAAAAUCAGAUGCAAUUCCACCUGGGCUGAGAGUUAUAACUUCAGACCUUUCUUUAAUCACUCUUCCAACUUACUAACAUAGAACACACGAGGUUGUUGCUAAUUUUAUUACACAUUAUUGUUAAUUAUACUUUACAAAAGUUCAUGUUUUAUAUAUCUUACAAUUUUAUACCAGUAAAUACACUAUUUUUCAUUAAAA